AUGGCUGGGCAUCUGGGGUAUUUGAAGACUUAUAAGAGGAUUUCUCAAGGGUUUUAUUGGGAAGACAUGAAAUUUGAUCUCAAGAAAAUGGUUGCUGAAUGCAGUGUCUGUCAACAAAAUAAGUAUGAAACUUUAUCUCCCGCUGGAUUGCUUCUGCCUCUCCCAAUUCCUAAUAGGGUCUGGUAUGACAUUUCUAUGGAUUUUAUAGAAGGGUUGCCUCUUUGUAAGGGUAAGACAAUUAUUUUUGUGGUGGUCGACCGACUAUCCAAGUAUGCCCAUUUCAUUGCCUUGCACCAUCCGUAUACUGCUGCUACAGUAGCUCAAGUUUUUGUUGAUAAUGUGUUUAAGCUGCAUGGAAUGCCUACUUCUAUCAUCAGUGACCGUGAUCCUGUGUUUAUCAGUGGGUUUUGGAAGGAAUUUUUUCGUUUACAAGGUUCUAAAUUGUGCUUGAGUUUUGGCUAUCAUCCUCAAACUCAUGGCCACACUGAGGUGCUUAACAGAUGUUUGGAAAUUUAUCUGCGGUGUUUUUCUGGUUUACAACCAAAGCAGUGGGUCCAAUGGCUUCCGUGGGCUGAGUGGAGUUAUAAUACUUCCUUCCAAGUCUCGGUAAAAAUGACUCCCUUUGAGGUUGUAUAUGGCCAGCCUCCUCCUACAGUGCCGGUCUAUGAGGCAGGCACCACUCGGUUGGAUUUUGUCGACCGUAGUUUGGUUGCUCGGGAUCGCGUACUCUCCCUGUUACGGGCUAAUUUGCUGGCUGCCCAAACUCGUAUGAAGGUUCAAGCCGAUAAGCAUCGAACUGAGCGGGAGUUUCAAGUUGGGGAUUUGGUUUAUCUGCGUCUGGUUCCUUAUCAGCACCUUUCCUUGGCUUCGCAUCCUUUCCAUAAGUUGCAGCCGAAAUUUUAUGGCCCGUUUGAGGUUCUUUCUCGGGUGGGCACUGUUGCUUAUCGUUUGAAGCUGCCUAGCUCUUCUAAAUUGCAUCCUGUCUUUCAUGUUUCCUGUUUAAAGAAGCAUUUGGGUUCCGAUGUUACUAUUGUUCCCAUUCUGCCCGUGAUCACUGAGACUGGAAUUGUGCAGGAUCAUCCCAUGGCUAUUUUGGAUCAUCGUAUGGUUAAGCGUGGUAAUGCUGCAGCCACUGAAGUUUUGAUCCAUUGGCAGCAUCAUUCCACAUAUGAGGCUACAUGGGAAGACUAUGAUGAGAUGUUAGCUCGUUUCCCAGAUUUUGAUCCUUGA